AUGCCUUCCCUUUUCAGAUUUGGAUCUUUCCAGAGCUCUGAACAUUUGAAACACCCACCAUGGAUAGACUUUGAACGCCGCAGAGAGCUCAGGAGCAAAAGCGUGAGGAAAUGCCGCCUGGAAGCAGAGAGGCUGUCCUACCAGAGAAAUGAUGAUGAUGAGGAAGAAGCUGCCAGAGAACGUCGCCGACGGGCUCGACAGGAGAGGCUUCGGCAAAAGGAAGAAGGAGAUCUAUCAGGAGAAGUAACAGAGAAAUCAGAAGUUAAUGCCCAAAACAGUGAGGAAACCAAGCGUACUACAACCACAAGGGGAGAAGAUGACGAGGCUGCGUUACUGGAGAGGCUGGCAAGACGGGAGGAGAGACGCCAAAAACGUCUACAAGAAGCCCUGGAACGUCAAAAGGAAUUUGACCCCACGAUCACAGAUGGGAGCUUGUCACUGCCCAGCAGGAGAGAAGUAAACAAUGUGGAAGAAAACGAGACCACUGGGAAAGAAGAAAAGGCUGAAACACGCCGAGGACGCUAUGAGAUUGAGGAAACGGAAACGGUUACCAAGUCCUACCAAAGGAACAACUGGAGGCAAGAUGGGGAAGAAGGGGAAAAAAAAGAAGAAAAAGACAAGGAGGACAAACCAAAGGAGGUCCCCGUAGAGGAAAAUCAGGUAGAUGUGAUAGUAGAGAAAUCCACAGAUAAAGAAGAGGUUGUAGAAACAAAAAAAUUAGCUAUAAAUGCAGAGGAACACAAAGCAGAGAAUGGCACAAAUGCUGAGCCAGAAGGGGAGCAGGGUAUAACUAAUGCUGUAGAUAAAGAGAAGUUUGGAGAUGAGGAAAAGGCUGAGGAAGAAAGGCAGAAAACAGAAGAAAGGGAGAAACUUGAGGCAGAAGAAAGGGAGAGGUUAAAAGCAGAGGCAGAAAAGAAGGCAGCUGAGGAAAAACAGAAAGCAGAGGAGGAAGAGAGGGCUAAAGCAGAAGAGGAAAAGAGGGCAGCUGAGGAAAGAGCAAAGGCUAAGGCAGAAGAGGAGAAGAGGGAAGCUGAGGAAAGAGAGAGGGCAAAGGCAGAAGAGGAGAAGAGGGAAGCUGAGGAAAGAGAGAGGGCAAAGGCAGAGGAGGAGAAGAGGGCAGCUGAAGAGAGAGCAAAGGCUAAGGCAGAAGAGGAGAAGAGGGCAGCUGAGGAAAGAGCAAAGGCUAGGGCAGAAGAGGAAAAGAGGGCAGCUGAAGAAAAGGCUAAGCUAGAAGCAGAGAAAUUAAAAGAAAAACAAAAGAUGGAAGAACAUAAAAUAGAAGAUAAACAGGUAAACCAGAAGAAAGUACAAGAGGAAAAACCUCAAGCAGCUUUCCUAAUAAGACAGGGGGAAGAAAUAGAGUUUAAAGUGGAACUUAAAAAAGAAAAGUUACCAGAUGAGAAGCUCAAGCCUACCUCCAAAAAAGAUCAGGUAAAAGAUGACAAGGACAAAGGAAAAGCACCCAAAGAUGAAGUGAAAAGUAUCUGGGAUCGUAAGAAGGGGGUUCCUGAACAAAAGGCACAGAAUGGAGAGCGUGAAUUCACUGCUCCAAAACUUAAAUCUACUGAGAAUACUUUUGGCCGCUCCAGCUUGAAAGGGACCGCACGGAAUGAGAGCGAGGAGCUUGAGAAGCUGAAGGAGAAGCAGCAGGAGGCAGCGGCAGAGCUGGAUGAACUGAAGAAAAGGCGGGAGGAGCGCCGGAAAAUCCUGGAGGAAGAGGAACAGAAGAAGAAACAGGAGGAGGCUGAGAGAAAAGCCAGAGAGGAAGAGGAAAAGAGGAGGAUGAAAGAAGAAAUUGAAAAGAGAAGGGCUGAAGCUGCUGAAAAACGUCAAAAAAUGCCAGAAGAUGGUGUAUCUGAAGAGAAGAAGCCAUUUAAAUGCUUCAGUCCUAAAGGUUCAUCUCUCAAGAUAGAGGAGCGAGCAGAAUUUUUGAACAAAUCCGCUCAGAAGAGUGGUAUGAAACCCACCCAUACGACAGCAGUUGUCUCAAAGAUUGACAGUCGACUUGAACAAUACACCAGUGCAAUUGAGGGCACAAAGGCUUCAAGACCAGCUAAGCCAGCACCCUCUGAUCUUCAUGUUCCAGCUGAGGGUGUCCGUAACAUCAAGAGUAUGUGGGAGAAAGGGAAUGUUUUUUCAUCACCCUCUGGGACAGGAACACCAAAUAAGGAAACUGCUGGACUGAAGGUCGGUGUCUCCAGUCGUAUCAAUGAGUGGUUAACCAAAACCCCAGAGAGCAACAGAUCACCUGCUCCAAAACCUUCUGAUUUAAGACCAGGAGAUGUAUCUGGCAAACGUAAUCUCUGGGAGAAGCAGUCACUUGAAAAGCCAUCUUCUUCUAAGGUAUCAGCUAUGGGGAAAAAAUCAGAGACUAAUGGUUUGAGACAACUUGAGAAAGAACCGUAGAAGGCCACAAAAAAUGCUGGACCAAUCAGUUGGGAAAAAAAAAAAAAAAAAAAAAAAAAGGAAAAAGUGCUAAACUGUUCUUUUUAUAUUUAUGUUUAUUUACCAAAAUGUCUUUUUUUGCAUUAUUCCAGUUAAAACCAUGUAUAUUAGCACUGUAUUUAAUAAUCAGUCUAGACAUUCAUCAUAAUAGUACUGCCUUUGCACAAGAGCCUUUAUUCCUAAAGAAACCCAUGCUGUGAAGUAUAUAGACUCUCCUACUGAUAUUCAUAACUAUGUAUCUGAACAGUGAUUUCAACUGGCAUAAGAGGUCCACCCAAAACUCAUGUAAAGUGAAGUUGCUUAAGAAAGGUAUGCAGUAAACUUUUAAAAACAGUGGUUACUUUUGUAAUACAGAAGACUUUCUUUCUGCACUUUAGAUUAAGGCAUGGAAGAAAUAUCUUUAGUUGACAAUGUAAUAUUUUCUGUAAGUCGCCCAUGUCAUGAGAAAUACUGCAUCAAUAACGUUUUAAAUUUCUUGUUUUAUACUUUUUUUAAGUAUCAAUUUUUCCACUCUAGUUUAAGUUAAUACCUAAAUUUGGAUGAUUAUGUUAGCUGACAGCGGUACUGAUAUUUCUUUUUGUUGUUAGUAACUAGUAAUUGAAUGCAAUUUAGAAUAUAUACACACAUAGCUUUUCAAAGGUUAGCCUAAAGGCACUACUAAUGGUAGAAUGCUUUAAUACAUGCUGGAGUAUUAUAUUUAGUAAUAAACAUACAUAAUUAGCCAGUAUCACAGCUUAAAAGAGUAAAGCCAAAAUCACACACUUCUCUAUAGUAAGAUUUCAUAAUUACCAUUAGAGGUAUGGUGAGAUAAGUAUUAAAAAUUUUUAAAUGUCAGUUGCCCAGUAAUGGGUAAUUAAAAAGAAAGUAUAGUUUUUAAAAGAGGAAAAGGUAAGGGUAUAGAGGGUCAAAAAUAGGUCACUUGUAUAAAACGUUGUAGUUUAAUUUAUAUAAAACUACCAUAAUUAAAAAGAAAAAAAAAUCAAACCUUAACACAGUUGUGUGAGCUUGUUUCAAAUGACUGUACACUAAAUCUUGCCAUCCAUCAGUGCUGUACACCAUGUUCACCUAAAACGAAGUAAAACUCUAUAGUGCUUCUUUUUAACUCUCUCUCCCAAAUAUCUUACUUACAGAUGUUUUCAUUUGUAUAUAGUAAACACAUGACUAUAAGAUGUCAGCUUGGUUUGCAUUUACAUGCCAUACGGUUUAGCAUUUACAUCCUACAGUGUAUGGGUGGCAUAAACUGAGAAACUGAAGCAGCCUCCUGAGCACAUUGUUAGCAGCUUUGUUGUGCAUCAGAACUACCAGGGACCUCCCUUUUCACCACUUCCAUCUCUUACAGCACCUGACUUCUUCCUAGAGAUGAAUGAUGUUAUAUUUCAACCCAAAGAUGAGCUCCCCUGCCUGGCUAAAACAUCUUGUUUACAUAUAAAGGUGCACAGAGUUUUCUGUAGGGGGUGAAGCUGUGUCUGGCAUUGUGAGUUGUCAUGGUUUUUUUUUUGUUCGGGGGUUUUGUAAACACUCCGUUGAGUCUUUCAAACACAUCCAAUAGCUGCAAUAAAAAUUAUUUGUUUGAACAAUGUAUUCUGAAACUGCAUCCAUAAAUAAAUGGAGUAUUUCCA